GAUGGAUGAAUGGAUUGCAAUUGAUAUAGAAACUCCAGAAGGAAAAUUUUUUAAGUCUCCAAUUUAUUAAGAAGAGCAAAUACAUAAUGCAAAAAGGAAUUUAAUUGAUAAUAUUGUCUAAAGAUGCGCCUAAUAUGGUAAAUUAGAUAAUCCUUAUUAAAUUGCACGUAAAACUGGUGCCAUGCAAAAGGAUAUUGAUUAUGAAAAAGGUCAAAAUGUUUAUGAUCAGGAAGACUCUUUUAUAGAUGAUGAAGAAAUAGAUAAGGAAAAUCAUGCUAUGGUAAUUCCAGAGACAGAACUUGAUGAUUAUCAUAUGUGCAUUUGCAAUUUAAAGGAUUUUCAAAAGUCUAUUGAAUUUAAAAAGAGAAUGGCAAUUUUGAAGAAGCACUCUGUAGAAUCAAAAAAUAAGAGUGCUAAGAAAAAAAAUAAAAAUAAAGAUAAAAUGGAUUAAGUAAUUGAAAAAUAAAACCAAGUAGAAAUGCCACUCUAAUAAAAUACUGCAAUUUAAGACAAAGAAAUAUCUUGAUU